CUCUGACUCUGACUAAAACCCCACACCCCCGCCUGGAUUUUCUCACUUUCGCCAUCUUUACGGAAUUCACUCUUCUUCUUCUUCUUCUUCUUCUUCUUCUUCUUCUAUGCGUCGCUGCUAUUCAGUAUUCAUCCCUCCGGUUCUAAUCCGGGGAGUUUAGGCCGGUUUUUGUUUGGUUUGGCCGGAGGAGAGAGAGGGAAGAAUGAUUUCUGCUAGCACCGAACAGCCGCCGCCGUCCACGGCGGAUACUCUUGACAAGAUAGUCCUCCUCCUUUCCCAGCUCCUCCCUUCCUCUCUUUCUAUCAAGUCUUUCUCCUCCCGCUGGCAGGUUAUUCGUUCCAAGCUCGCUACGUUGAAAUCGCUUCUUGCGGAAAUCUCGGAGUCUCCCCGGUGGUCUGACAACUCAUUGCUUCCCACUCUCCUGCCGAGUCUCCUGUCCACGCUCCAGCGAGUCGACGCCCUCUGCCGCCAGUGCUCCGAUGCUUCCUUCACUCCCGGGAAGCUGCUUAUGCAGUCCGACCUUGACAUGGCCGCCGGCUGGCUGUCCAAGCAAAUUCAUCACCUCGACCUCCUCUGCCGCUCCGGCGUGCUUCGGCAGUCCACGGCUAUUGUCCUCUCCCACCCCUCCUCCGCCUCCACCCGGGAAGAUUUAGUGCUGUUCAUCAGAGACCUCUUCACUCGCCUCCAGAUCGGCGGCGCCGAGUUCAAGAAGAAGGCGUUGGAGUCGCUCGUCCAGCUUCUCUCCGGCGACGAGAAAUUGGCGGGAGUUGUGGCCAAGGAAGGACGGAUAGGAUACUUGAUAAAUCUUCUCGACCUCAAUGCAGAUCCCGUAAUAUGCGAGCAGGCAGUUAUGGCGGUCUCCAUGCUUGCUUCCUCGAGCAACCAGGCCAGAAAUUGCGUGUUUGAAGAAGGCGGAUUAGGGCCGCUUCUGAGAGUAAUCGACUCCGGUUCAAUGACCAUGAAGGAAAACGCCGCCCUGGCCGUGGAGUGCCUAACAAGUGAUCCCGAAAAUGCCUGGGCGGUUUCGGCGUACGGCGGCGUUCCUGUACUAACGGAGCUUUGUAAAUCCGGCUCCGUUUUAGCUCAAAUCCACGGCGUCGGAGCAAUACGAAACGUAUGCACUAACGAAGACGUCCGGAUUGCAUUAGCCGAUGAAGGAGCCAUCCCCGUUUUGCUGCAAUUGAUGGUUUCAGGAAAGGAAUUGGCGCAAGAAAAGGCGGCAAAUUCCGUCGCAACCCUAGCUUCUUCCGGCGAGUAUUACCGCGAUUUGUUACUCAAGGAAAAGGGACUGUACAAAUUGCUUCAUGUUCUACAAGAAUCCGCCGCCUCCGAAACCGUCGAACACGUCUUGCGGGCAAUCCAUUCCCUCUCUGCCUGCGAACAGACAUCACGGCGUCUCUCAUCCUCCACCACUUUCAUUGUUCAAUUAUCAGAGCUCAUAAAGCAUGGCACCAUGAUGUUACAGUACAUUUCUGCAUCAUUGCUUGCAAAUUUACCCAUUAGUGAGGGGAACAAGAGAGCCAUUGCAGGGUGUAUGGGUUCUCUGGUGAAGCUAAUGCAGUCUGCUAAGCCCGACGGGCUCCAGGAGGUCGCCACGAACGCAUUAGCAUCCUUAUUGACUGUGAAGUCUAAUCGAAAGGAUAUCGUGAGGGACGAGAAGAGUGUAAUGCUGCUGACACAAAUGCUGGAUCCAAAGAGUGAUUUGGUCUCAAAGAAGUUCCCGGUGGCCGUGGUGGCAGCAGUCAUGGCCGGAGGGAGUAAGGGCUGCAGAAAGCGGCUUAUGGCAGCCGGAGUUCAUGCACAUUUGCAGAGGCUGACUGAGAUGGAGGUUCCCGGGGCCAGAAAGGCCUUGCAGAGACUCUCUGGAAAUCGACUCAAGAACAUAUUCACCCGAACAUGGUUAGAAUGAUCAGCCAAGCAACUAACCUCUACCACCAUAGUUUGUUUGGAUCUUCCUAACUGUCAGCGCGGGAAUUAACUUGUUUCCUGCACAACUACAAGACUCGAGCAAACACAGACUCGGUACACCCUAAAUUUCUCCUUACAGUACAUUAUCUAGAAAAAAAAAAAACAAAAUCAAAUUUUCAAAAUUAAUUUUAUUCUAAAUCACAUGACCAAUGGCAUGGAUGCCUGUUUUUUUAGGGAGUAUCCUUGUUUUUUUUUCUUUUUUUAAAUCUUUAAUUGUUUGAUCAUGUGGAGCUUGUAAGUGUGUGACAGUUUUGUUUUCUUCCCCAUUUCUCUAGUUUUUGUUGAAUAAUGUACAUCCAAGGCUGCUUUUGCUUCUUCUUUUAUGAAGCUCUAUUUGAAAGUGUGUAACUGUGUUGUGUCACUUCAUAUUGUGGAGAAAUAUGUAAAAUUUUCACCUUUACAUUCUAGUAUCAUGUAUUAAAUAUUACUGUUACAAACUUAUGUCA